GACAGCAGUAAUGCUCACUCUGGCAAGCAAGUUGAAGCGGGAUGAUGGUGUCAGAGGACCCCGUGCAUCCAAUCCAGCUUCUGAUUCCACUCGGAGGGUGUCUGUUCGAGAUAAAUUGCUUGUUAAAGGUGAAAGGAACUUACAUUUAAAUUUUGUGUUUUGUACUUUUUUAGACCUGUUGGCAGUGAUACUAUACUAAAUGUUUUAUAAAAUGGUUUCCAGAAGUGUGUUUGAAAUUGCUUGUGACUGACCUAAUGAUUUUUAUAUGGAGUUUAUCAUAGAAGUGUAGAAUCUUUUGAAUUGGCAGGGAUCCAUCUAGUCCAACUCUCCUACAGUGAGCACUCUAGGGACACCUACAGCUCCACCAGGUGCUCAGAGCCCCAUCCAGCCUGAUGCUGUAUGUCUUCAGGGACGAGGCUUCCACCACCUUUCUGGGCAAACUGUUCCUCACCAUCCUUUCUGUAAAAAUAUAAAAAAAAAAACCAAAACAAAAACAAACAAACCAAAAAACAAAAAGCAUAAUAACAACUUCCUCGUAUCCAAUGUAAAUCUCCCCACUUUUAGUUUGAAACCAUUGUCCUGUCGCAUCAGACCCUGCUAAAGAAUCUGUCCCGUUCCUUCUUGCAGCCCCCUUUUAGAUACUGAAACACCGCUCUCAGGUAUCCCUGGAGCCUUCUCCAUGCUGAACAGCCCCAGCUCUCUCAGCCUUGCCCCUGUAGGGAGGUGUUCCAUUCUUUGAAUCAUUUCUGUGGCCCUCAUCUGGAUGUGCUCUAACAGGUCCAUGUCUGUCCUGCACUGAGGACUCCCCAUCCGGACACGGUACUCCAGGUGUGGUCUCACAGCACAGAGGGGCAGAUCCCCUCCCUCACCCUGCUGACAGCACUGCUUUUGAUGCAGCCCAGGGUGUGGUUGGCUUUGGGUUGUGAGUGUGCAGUGCUGGCUCAUGUCCAGCUGCCUUCCACCAGUACCCUCAGAUCCCUUUUGGUAAGGCUGUGCUGCUUCCUUACGUUCCCCAGCUUGCCCUGAUAGUGGGGGUUGCCAUGACCCAGGUGAAGGCCUUGCAUGAGGUUCACCUGAGCACAGUGCUCAGCUUGUCAUGGUUUCUCUGGGUGGCAUCCCAUCCCUUGGGUGUGUUGACCACAGCAAACAGCUUGGUGUCAUCUGCAAACUUGCUGAGAGUGCACCCAAUCCCACUGUUGAAGUCAUUGAUGAAGAUGUUAAAGAUCAGUGGACCCUGUACUGGUCCUGGAGGGGCACCACGCUUGUCACUGAUCUCCAUCUGGACACUGAGCCACUGACCACUAUUCUUUGGGUACAAUCUCAUAACCAGUUCCUUGUCCAUCAAACAGUCUACCCAUCAAAUCCAUAUAUUUCCAGUUUGGGGGGAAGAGUGUUGCCAUGUGUCAAAUAGAGAAAAUGGAGAAAAACUGUAGCUGCUUGUGAAAGGAAAGUAAAUCCUAAAAGUAACAUCAGUGUUCGUGUUAUUAAUGGCAAAGAUAAAACCAAUAAACUUAAGUUUUAAAAACAAACAAAAUAUGUAUUGUAAAUUUUUUCCUAUACCUACAGUCGCUGGAUGUUGAAUUAGUAGUAGAGAAUGGAAAAAUAGACCCCUCAUUUUUGCAGCACUGUCUCAGGAAGGCUACUUCAGGUUGUUAUAUCUAUGUCUGCAUUGGUGAGGGAAAAAAACCUCUUGCUUUGUGGCAGUUCAGGGCAAAUAAGGUAGUUUGUGAGGCUGUAUAACUAUACUGUUUUAUACUGAAAUUGAGGACAGCUUUUUCUGUAGCUCAGAUGAUCUCUUAAAUAAAAUUCCUGAAGUGCUGGUGCUUUGCAAUUACAGUGGGCUUAAAGUCUGAUUUACUCCCUCUGGUACUAACUGAGUGCUUCAAUGGUUGAGCUGUGCAGCUUGAUCUAGUAGGCAGGAAUAUGCUGUUGUGGUUGAUGUUUCUGCUGAAAAUGAUCCAAUGUGAGUGUAUCGCUGUUGAUGUGUAAGCUGUUAAGGUUAGGAUUUGUAUGAGUCAAACAAAAUAUUCAUGUUUUCUGGGCUUGUAUAUGUGUUCUGAAGUUGCUCUGUACUAUUUGGUUGAGUGGUAUUAGUGAACUAUCGCUUUACAUGUGGCUUUUUCUAAUUAGGGUGGAUUCUGAUGGAGGGCUGUACACUGGAGCAUGGUUUCCCUGCAGUUGCUAAGGCAAUGGGAAGUGCCUCAGAGGUUGCGGAACUUGAAGCUAAUUUACCUUGUACAUGUAAAGUGAAUUUUCCAGACCCAAACAAGCUUCAUUACUUUCAGCUAACUGUAAUCCCAGAUGAGGGCUAUUACCAAGGUGGAAAAUUUCAGUUUGAAAUUGAAGUUCCUGAUGCCUACAAUAUGGUGCCUCCGAAAGUAAAAUGCUUGACAAGAAUCUGGCAUCCAAACAUCACAGAGACGGGAGAAAUCUGCUUAAGUUUAUUGAGAGAACAUUCAAUUGAUGGCACUGGCUGGGCUCCAACUAGAACAUUAAAGGAUGUUGUCUGGGGAUUAAACUCUUUAUUUACUGAUCUUCUGAAUUUUGACGAUCCUUUGAAUAUUGAGGCUGCAGAACAUCAUUUGCGUGACAAGGAGGACUUCAGGAAUAAAGUUGAAGAUUACAUUAAGCGCUACGCGAGAUGAUGAAGGGCGAUGGCCGGCAGGACCACGGCUUCCAUGCUGCAGAGCUGUCCUUAACUUCAACAACACCAACCAGAAGAAAACCAGCCCGGACUGUACCAGUCCCGUGUCCAUGUUGUACUGAAGAAGAAACCUAACUUCAUAACUUGUCCAUGUUAAAAGGAGAGUCCAGCAUAAAUACAGCAAGAAAUUGUGUUUGUUGGUUGAAAAAAAAAAAAAAAAAAGUUGUUUGCUUACUUUUAAAAUGUUUACUCUUCUGAAUUGUACUGUAUAUCCUGUUGAUGAGAUAUGCUUGAGAAGUUAAAAGAAAUCACUAUUGGAAUUGUAAUUACACUGUUUUUUUUUUUUAAACCUUUUGCCUGGUUUGGGAAAAAAGACAAAAGCAAAGCAGGAGGUGUGGGUUUGGAACACUUCAAGUUGGCAAUAAAAUGGUCUCCUGUGAACCGAA